AUGUCUGACGCGAAGCCAAGGGAGGCGGCUGCGGGAGCCGCAGCGGCAAAGGGCGACGCCGCCCAUCACCACCACCACCACCAGCAGCAGCAGCAUGACGCGAAGCAGGCAGCGGCGACGCCGGGCAUCGACAAGGGCCUCAAGAAGCAUCCGCUGAACCGUGCGUGGACGCUGUGGUACGACUCCCUGUCGACGUACGACAGCCAACAGUGGGAGCUGUCCCUCGUCGAGGUGAUGACGGUGCGCACCGUGGAGGAUUUCUUCACGAUGCUGCACUACUGCAAGCCGCCGCACGUGCUUCGGAUAUCGGCGCAGUACCACUUCUUCCGCGAGGGGGUCAAGCCGAUGUGGGAGGACCCGAGCAACAAGGCCGGCGGGAAGAUCUGGGUGAGCCUUGACGAGAAGGGGGGCGGCGAUGCCGGCGGAAAGAAGUGGGACACCGCCAACGCGACGGGUGGCGGCGGAAGCGGCGACGCCGCUACUGCUGCUGCUGCUAACAACAACGCUGCCAACGCCAACAACAAUAGUAGCAGUGGUAACAACGCUAAUCACCACGGCAAGGCGAAGAAGGAGGAACAGGAGGGCGAAAAGAAGCCUGAGCUCGACGCGAUUUGGGAGAACGUCCUCAUGGCGAUGGUGGGCGAGUACCUUGACCCCGACGCCGACGGCGAUCAUAUCAUGGGUGUUGUGCUGUCGAAGCGCAAGUACCACAACCGCAUCGCGCUGUGGCUGCGCGACGCCGGCGCCAGCGAGGCGGUUGCGCGCAUUGAGAAGCAGCUAGUGCGCGAGGCGGGUCUGCCAUCCUCCGCGAAGUUCAUCUUCACCCCGCACGGCGGUGGGAAGCCGUAG